AAUUACCAAUAUUGGCUUUUCAUAUUUGUAAUUCCGUGAUCGGCAUUGAUGACUGAUUGACAACAAACAUUGGACCAAAAAUUAUAUUUUAUAUUAUUAAAUAAUUUUUGGUCCAGCGUACUUGCAUUCACAUCAAUGUGGGUUGGUCGCGUUCACAGGCACAACUUGUGCCGCACAAGACGCGUUCCACAAUUUUGAUAAAAAAAGUCUGACAUUGGCAUUAUCUUAUCAACCAAAGAAAAGAGAUAGUGUAUCGGUAAAAAAAAAUAUUUAACAUUUUAUUUACAUUGGGUACUUGAUGAAUAAAUAAAUAAAAUGAGUUCUGCAGCUCCAAUAGUAAAAAAUGUUUUACAUGCUGGACAAAAAUACAUACCAAUUUCUGAGGGUAGCAAGGCCCAUUUUCACUUUCAAACAUGGAAAUUAGGACCUGAAAGAGUUUUAGUUGACGACAGUAAGAAAAUAGGAAAAAAGGAACCCAUGGUUUUAGUAAUUGGGCACAAAUUCAAAUUGGAAGUUUGGGAAACUAUUGUGAAAAUGAUGGCAGUUGGAGAAGUAGCUAGUUUUCAGGUUAAGAAAGAGUUGGUGUACAGUUAUCCAUUUGUGUCCAAAACUCUCCGAGACCUCGGCAAGGAGGCUCACACAAUAAAGCACUCAUGCACUAUGACCCUACACACAGAAGGUAUUGGGUACCCAGACUUGGAUGAGUUGAUCAGCAGCCCUUGUGAUCUUGAAUUUAUUAUAGAACUAUUAAAAGUAGAGAGAUCUGAUGAAUAUGAGAAAGAAGUAUGGCAGUUAAAUGUGCAGGAGAGAUUAGAUCUCGUCCCAACUCUCAAGGAGAAAGGAAACAAGUUGUACGGAGAAAAGAAGUAUGACGAGGCAGAAGAAGCUUAUAGUCAAGCAAUUUCUAUUUGUGAACAACUCAUGAUUAGGGAAAGAAAAACUGAUGAUGAGUGGAUAAAUUUAAAUAAAAUAAAGCUUCCCAUCUUGUUGAACUAUGCACAAUGCAAACUGAUCAAAGGUGAAUUUUAUCCAGUUAUAGAGCAUUGUACAAAUGUGCUGACAUAUGAUCCAGAUAAUGAAAAAGCUUUAUUCAGGCGAGCCAAGGCUCACAUAGGUGCCUGGAACCCUGAUCAAGCAGAGCAAGAUUUCAAAAGAUUGAAAACAUUGAAUCCCUGUAUGGCAGCAACUGCAAAUAAAGAAUUGGAAAACAUAAAAAAAUUAAAGGCCGAAAAAGCAGAUAAAGAUAGAGAUGCUUUAAUAAAACUAUUUUUGAAAGGAGAUUAAACUUUCAUAACAUUUGUGAAUUUAUAAGAUUUUUUUUCUAUAAUUGGUUACCUCAGUCUAUACUUACUUGGGUGUUGCCAAACUAAAUGGUCUUCUAACAAAGUGUACCUACGUAUCUAAAUGUGAUAAUAACAUACUUGUAUUAGUAUAAUAUAGUAGUGUAUUAAUUUAAUAUAGUAAUUUAAUUAAAUAUCUAAUGUACCUACUAAAGUUUA